CAGUGAUGGAGCUAUACUGGAAGCUGUUAUGCCUCUGGCUCUUCACCCGACAAUGGGUGCUGGCCCAGGAUCCUCGCCCAAACACCGUCCGGUUCGAACUCACACUGACAUGGGAAGAAUGGGCGCCAGCAGGCAUUCCCCGGGAAAUGAUUCUAUCGAACGGGCAGUUGCCCGCGCCAACCCUCGAGCUGAGGCAGGGAGAUAACGUGGAAUUCUUGGUCAACAACCAGCUUCCCUUCUCAACGACCGUUCACUUCCACGGCAUAAAACAGGCUGGCACACCAUGGUCGGAUGGAGUACCCGGCUUGUCACAGAGGCCAAUUGAGCCUGGCUGUCAGUAUCUGUAUAAGUGGAAGGCCGACCAAUACGGGAGCUACAUGUACCACGCCCAUAGACGCGGCCAGAUCGAUGAUGGCCUGUACGGGGCAAUCUAUAUCCAUCCGGACGAGUCCGUGAAGAAACCGUUUCCUCUGAUCACGUCUGACCCGGUGGAACUCGCAGCGAUUGAGCUUGCUGAGUCUGCCACCACUCCACUUGUGCUCUCGGACUGGCGGAAACUCACUUCGGAGGAGCUAUGGGCAUCAGAGGAAGCUGAUGGAUACGAUUCCUACUGUGUCAACGCCCUGCUGCUGAAUGGCAAGGGAUCAAUCUCGUGUCUCAGUCAGGAAGUGUUGGAAGACGUUCUUCCGCCUGCCACGAAGGGCUUGAUGGGUGACAACCACAUGUCAGAUAUUGGAUGUUUCCCCCCGUUGGAGCCGGUGCAAGGCAACUACUCUCAUAACCCGAACGCUGUCCCUCCCAGCGUCUUUUCCGGCUGCACCCCGUCUCAAGGAUCGCAGGAGGUGCUUGCUGUGCAUUCAGCUACGCGCUACGUUAGCUACGAUCUCAUCAAUGCGGCGGGAACGUUGGUACUCGCCUUCUCAAUCGACGAACAUCCCAUGUACGUAUAUGCCGUAGAUGGACGUUACGUUGAGCCUACCCUGGUCGAUGCUAUCCACCUCAUCAACGGAGCCCGAUACUCGGUUAUGGUUCCGUUGGACAAGCCUGCAGGAGACUACACAGUGCGCUUGGCCGCUUACGGCCUCAGCCAGAUAAUCAAUGGCACAGGGGUUCUGUCGUAUAGCGAUCCAAUUCAGCGGCCAAGGAAACCGUCAACACCCAGCAUUACUAUCACCGGUUAUAACACCACGGCAGAUACCGUAUUUCUGGACGAGUCGACCAUCGUCCCAUUCCCUGUCGAAGUGCCAUCUUCAGACGUGGUGAACACGUACAUCCUGAAACUCGACCACUACGGUGCCUCCUAUCGAUGGACACUGGGAAACUCGAGUUUCCCGUUAUCCCUGGAAGAUGACUUUCCUGUUCUCUUUGACGUCUCGUCUGCACCGCAGGGUCUCAGCGUGCAAACAUUGAACGGAACCUGGGUAGAUAUAAUUUUCCACGUCAGCAAGCCCUUGCAACCGCCCCAUCCCAUCCACAAACAUUCCAACAAAUACUUCGUUAUCGGGCAGGGUCAAGGAGAGUGGAAUUACUCGUCCGUUACAGAUGCUCUUCAGUAUAUCCCCGAGAGCUUUAACCUGGAGAAGCCCCAGCUGAGGGACACGUUCGCCACUCCGGUAGCAGCAACGGGCCCCUCUUGGCUAGCGAUCCGAUACCAGGUGGUUAAUCCAGGGCCGUUCUUGUUGCAUUGCCAUGUCCAGAUCCAUCUCAGUGGUGGGAUGGCGCUGGCGUUAAUUGAUGGCGUCGAUGCCUGGCCGGAGGUUCCUGAUGAAUACCUCUAUGGGUCUGGAUUCUAAGUGCGUGUACAGUCUUCUGUCGUAGACUUCUUCUUUAAUGAUAUACGUGUUCUCAUAGCCAAGUGAUAAACGAUCCAGUCUUAACUAGAGAUAUCUCUUCCUCGACCUCGAUGACCUCCACGGAGAAUUUGUCCGCGACCGGGGUGGUAACACGUUCCAGAACUUGGGAGGCAUUGCGUCGUCGUGCGUAUACCGGCAGCAGGAUGCCCCCACGUACAGGCCGGCGCUUAUCACGGUUGCUGGCUGCCAGUUUGGCUUCCUGAUUCUCU